AUGAAGUUAUUCAUCUACAACUACAACGGAUCCAAGAAGAAGCAAAUCAUGUUCGUCAAUCUUGUGGCUCUCUCGAUUGCUGUUCUCGUUUUGGUUGGACAAAUUAACAUCGCAGGAGCGAAGAAUGUUGGUCUGGGGAAUCACAUUUUGAAGGAAGGAAAGGUGAAUCUUGCUGUAGGCUCAAUGGUCGUUGCCACCAAUGAAGACAUUGAACAAUACAAGUCUAAGUUUCCUAAUGCUUGCGAUGUUGACUUUGACAAUGAAGGGAAUAUAGUUCUUCACUACAAAAGUCAAGGUGCGACAAAGGACAAAGGCUGUACGGUGGAUCUUCUAACAAAUAUGAAGAAUAAUAUUGUUUUCACGACAGGAUUGAGUCAUUCUGCAGGACUUGAGAAUUGUCUGACAGAUAUUAAUCAGAAUACGUUGCCUUUUGCCUACAGCUUGAAAAACGAAGAGAUUAGUCAGCUCCACAAUGGUCCGAUUUUCGGUAAUGGCGGAUGUUGUGAAGGCACUUGUGUCAAACGAACGGGCCUUGAAGUUUCAUGGGAACUACAGGAAAAGCGUGAAACAUCAAUUCUUGUGCUAAAUGUAAAUCCAAUUGGCGUGGCGCUAAUACGAUAUACUGGUCAAGAACUGCCAAUAGUGGAAAGGAAAAGAGAGUACCCAACAGUUAUGAUAACAUAUCAAUUUCCAAGAUAUAGGAUUAGCUAUCCAAAGAAGGGUAAUGUGAGUGCCAAAAAUUCCUGUGUCAAAAACAUCCAUCAGAAUAUUCUACCGCCUAUCACAUGGGAAAUCGACAGUACAAGACUAGAUCCAAGAAUGAAUCGUUUGUUGGUUUUUCAUCUUCUCCCUCAACGUGCAUCUCGAAUAAGAGAGUGGUUGGAAGAAGAAAAGAGAUACAAAAUACAAGGAUAUCCGCCGCAAGGACCCGACUGCGAUGACUUAAACAUCAAAUUCUCGAAGAGAAGCUACAAAUUGAUUAAUGUUCUUUCUACUCCUGAAACAACAAAGCCGCCAACAGAUGAUAAAUCGAAACCUCCAAGUACCACUAAUGAGCCUCCAAGUACCAGCAAUGAUCCUUUAAGUACCAGCAAUAAUCCAACAAACAAUAAUCAGAUCUCAUCAACCAUAGCAAACGGCGAAAAUAAUUCAACAACAUCGACGCCUAAGGAUACUUUAGUAAACAUGAAAACAACCGAUCAAGUUACAGAAACGAGUGAAUUGGGAACUUCAACAGCUUUCACUUCAAAAGGCUCUUCGGCAACUACGGCUGCAAGUACGAAAACUACAACAAUAAUAACCACCCUCAAAAGCUCCUCUUCAAUCGGUUUGCUAAUUGUGGUUGCCGUUAUUCUGAUCAUCAUUGUCAUUGGAGUUUCUGUCUACUUCUUUGUCAUAAGGAAGAAGCCUGACAAGAAGGGGAAAGAUGUUGAGGGAGGUGAUGAGGCAAAAGGAGAUGGUGAAGAAGAGGAUGCAAAGAAGGAAGAAAAUGGUAAAGAGAAGGAAGAGGAUGAGGGUGAUAAGUCUAAAGACGAAGAGGAAGACGGUGAUAAGUCAAAAGAAGAUGAUGAGGAAGAUGAUAAGAAGGAAGUAAAGGGUUCGGAGUCAAAAACGGACGGCGAAACCAAAGAAGUCGAAAGUUUGUCGCCAGAAGAAAAGAGGAUUGAGGAUGAGAUAUACUAA